ACUAUGACAUGCGACAUGAAUUUGUUUUCCUUGUGUUGCUGGAAUAGCACUAUGCCCAACCUAAGUCCUGAAAACCAGUACAUGAACACGAAUGGUGCUACGAAUUCGGAAAAGGUCGCAAUCUUAGACGCUGGUGCACAAUAUGGCAAGGUGAUUGAUCGAAAUGUUCGAGAAUUGUCCGUUGAAAGCGACAUCCUACCCCUGGACACGCCAGCAUUCAACAUCAAAGAAGCCGGAUACAGAGCGAUCAUAAUAUCCGGAGGUCCAAACUCGGUCUAUGCUGAGGACGCACCGCGAUACGAUGCUGACAUAUUUAGGAUAGGUUUGCCAGUCUUAGGUAUUUGUUAUGGAAUGCAAAUGAUGAACAAAGAAUUUGGAGGCACUGUAGUACGAAAGGAUAACAGAGAAGAUGGUCAAGUUAAUAUAGAAGUAGAUAAUAAAUGCCUAUUGUUUAAAGGAAUGAACAAGACACAAACAGUCCUCUUGACUCACGGCGACACGAUAGAUAAAAUAGCGGACAAUUUCAAGUCGAUCGCGCAAAACGGAUCAUUCUGUGUUGGAAUUUACAACGAGAAGCUCCGGCUGUAUGGACUGCAGUUCCAUCCGGAAGUCGACCUUACCGCCAAUGGAAAGACAAUGUUAAAGAACUUCCUUUUCGACGUGGUCAGUCUAACUGGAAACUUCACGAUGAACGGUCGCGAACACGAUUGUCUUCGGUAUAUCAAGGAAGCUGUCGGGUCGAGCAAAGUCCUCGUACUGGUCAGUGGCGGUGUCGACAGCGCAGUAUGUGCAGCUCUUUUACACAAAGCGCUUCAGCCGGACCAGGUAAUUGCAAUUCAUAUAGAUAAUGGAUUCAUGCGCAAACUGGAGAGUGUCAAAGUGGCAAUGUCUCUCCGCAAAAUAGGACUCGAUUUGAAAGUGAUAAAUGCAACCCCUGCGUUUUACGAAGGAACAACGGUUGUGCCGAUAGACAAGCACGAGCUCAACUCUCGCACUCGCAUCACAAAGAUGCUCUGCCAGACAGCUGAUCCUGAAGAAAAGCGAAAAAUUAUAGGUGACGUUUUUGUUCGCAUCACGACCGAAAUUGUGGCCGAACUCAAAUUGAAACCCGAGGACGUUUUACUUGCCCAGGGAACAUUGCGACCCGAUCUUAUCGAAUCCGCAUCCUGUCUUGCAUCGAGCAAAGCUGACGUGAUAAAAACGCACCAUAAUGACUCGGAACUAAUAAGGAAAUUGAGGGAGGAUGGGCGUGUAAUCGAACCACUAAAGGACUUUCAUAAGGAUGAGGUCAGACAAAUAGGUAAAGAUCUAGGAUUGCCUCAUGAGAUUGUGAUGAGGCAUCCGUUCCCUGGUCCUGGGUUAGCCAUCAGGGUGUUGUGUGGCGAGGAACCGUACAUGGAACGGGAUUUUUCAGAGACACAGGUUCUUGUCAAAAUCAUAGUCGAAUUCGACCAAAUGUUACAAAAAAAACACGCUUUGCUUAACAGGGUGGAGGGAGUCGUGACAACAGAAGAAGAAAGACUGACGUUACGUCGAAUAUCAAGCAAACAGAAGCUGGCAGCAACAUUGUUACCCAUUCGUAGUGUAGGGGUGCAGGGUGACUGUCGCUCUUAUAGUUAUGUGGUUGGCAUAAGUAGCGAACAUGAGCCCGAUUGGGAUGAUUUGUUUUUCCUCGCCCGUCUCAUACCCCGCAUAUGUCAUAACGUCAACAGGGUGUGUUAUAUAUUCGGGGGCCUCGUCAAAGAGUGCAUACCCGACCUGACACCCACGUACCUAACAAGCAUCGUUCUAAGCACUCUUCGACAAGUCGACGAUAUCGCGAUGGGGAUCCUUCAGAGUAGUGGUUCGAUGAUGUCAGUGAGCCAAAUGCCUGUGAUUCUUCUUCCCAUUCAUUUUGAUCGAGAUCAAGCUUUAAGAAUACCUUCGUGUCAGAGGUCAGUUGUGCUCCGACCGUUUUGUACUCGUGAUUUUAUGACCGGUGUGCCUGCCAUACCAGGAAAACAAAUACCUUUAGAAGUCCUUCAAAAGAUUGUAACGGAGCUGCUGCAAGUGCCAGGUAUUUCGCGAGUGUUGUACGAUCUGACAUCAAAACCACCGGGCACGACAGAGUGGGAAUGAUAAUGACAACAACGACGAAAAUAAUAUAAAAUGAUAAUGAUUUAAAAAAAAGAGUAAUAAAAUCAAAUUAAUACGGCAAUGACAAACAGGCAUACAUACAAAUAAUACAACCAAUUACCAGACAAACGUGUACAA